ACGGAGGGCGGAGCGUCUGUGGGUCUUUUGUCCACAACAGACGGAGACUCUCUGUGCAGCCGACACUCAUAUGGGGAAGUACUGUGUCCUCUGAGACUUUCAGCUACAAAGAAAGUUUCCCGUCUGGUUCAGUCCCUAAAAGAAAGUCCUUCGGGUUUUAUCCAGCUGAGAGAUGUUUGCCACAGCCACCAGAAACUUUGUGGAGGAAGUGGAUAAUGGAGGUUUGUUGAUCCCGGUGUCCAGCCUGAAUGACACUAUUGAUCUUCUGACUGUGGUGGUGAAGCGCAAGCGUUUCUGGCUCUGGCAGAAGCCCAAGUAUAUUCCCACUGACUUUAACCUCAAUGAUAUACUAACAGGGGACACGCCUAUAAAGCCAGGUGUCAUAGAGGCAGACUUCAUCAAAUACAACGGGACGUAUGGUGACAACAUUCAGGGAAGUGUGGAUGCAAAUUUUGCCCACUCCAAUGUGAACCUGCAGGCUAAAGACUCUUCCAAACUCCAGUCAUCUUUUGGCAGUUUGAAGAAAGAGGAAGUGGAUGUGCAGAAGCUGCUGCGAGACUCCAAAGACAGCGUCCUGGACAUGUCCCACAGUCUGGUCCAGCAGACAAAGGAGAAGCCCAAACAGGCAUUUGGGAUUGUGAAGGAGCGAAUUGUGACCACUCAGCCCUGUUCGGUCAUAGAGGAGGUGCAGCAGGGAGGACAGUGUGGAGGAGGGCUGAGCCUCUGUGGGCCCAAGAACUCAAAGGUUUCAUUGAAGGAGAAUGGGAGCUUGAGUAAAGACAGUAACGUUACCAUGGAGAUUCCCAUCCACACUACCAUUGCCUAUACCCUUAUAGAGCUAGAGAUCAAACACGAUGGACGCUAUGAGAUGUGUCUGAUGUCAUACACCAGUGGAGGUUUUGAAGUAGAUGGCCCUGCUUGGAAAAGAUUGUUUGGUGCCUCAGGAGCUCCUGUGGAUGCCUCUGACAAUAGCCACCUUAGACAACAGCUGGAGGAACUGAGUGAACAUUUCCAGCUGCUUUCUGCUCUCCCUGUCUCCACAAGGUCGUCAUUGCUCCAGCAGAUCACAAAAGUUAUGGAGGACAGAGAGGCAGUCAGUUCACUUCAGAAUGUGCUAGACCAGAUGUGCCUCGGUCAGAGACCUCCCCCGGAUAACACAGAGUCUCCAAAACAGAACAUCCAAGCAAUUCUGGACCUUUUGCCGCAGUCUGGUCAGGUGGAGUCAACACAGGCAGGCCAGUCCACACCAGUCCUCACAGCCCUUCACCUCAUUGUCAGCGCCAUGGAUGAAAUGACAAAUGACUGUCUUGCUGUCUUGGGGAUGUGCUGCAGCUUCACAGUGUUGCAGGCUCUGGAGCUACUGGUUCAGUGCGUAUCAAGGAAGGGAGAGUUGCCUCUGAGCAGCGCAGGCCUGGCUGCACUGACUGAAGAUGUCUAUGAAAAGGCUGAACAUCUGUUUGCAUCCUCGAAUGUGUCCCUGAGAAGAGAUGGGGACACGGUGAAGACAGAAAUAAACCACCAGCCAGGAAACCUUCCUCUGGUCCUGUGUAUCGCUGUCAGAGGUCUUGCCACAUUGUCCCACUGUGAUUGACGAUUUUAUAUCCACCAGAAACAUUAACUAUCACACUGGAAUGAGGUAAAUGGGAUCACAUAGAUCAAGUGUUAUUUAUCAGUGUUUCUUACUCUUUUUGGUGCUGUUGAAUUUCUUCUAAAAUAGUGUAAUUAAUUAAUGCUUUGGUCAAUUAACAGACAGUCAAUUGACAAAUUGUUUAGGUCAUGGAUUUUGGACUGUUGGUGGAACAAGCAUUUUGAAGACAAAAUUUUCACUGAUUUUAGGGGAAAAAACAACUGAUUAUAAUCAUAAAUCAUUUAUGUCAUGUUAUGUACCUGCUGGUGGCAUCGGCAUCAAUCUGAACACUUAUUUGAAUAUAAUAUUCAUAUUUUAUUUUCUGAAAUAAGAGUUCACUGAAAGGCCCCUUACCAUCCUAUUUUGAGCAAUGUCACUAGAGAAGAAGCAUGACUUUUUUUAUUGAGUUCUCAUGUAAUUACAUUUUUAUGUGAAAUCUCUUGUUCCUCUUACAUUUGAAAGUAUACACUAAUUAUUUCUGAAGGGUCUGAGUGAUAUUUUGUACUGAUUUUAUAUCUCUAAGGCUUUAGAUUGUUUAUCUGUAUUUCAACUUACUUCUAUAUUUUCCUGUUAAAUAUCAGUCAGUUUUGAAGAUUUUGUUCGACACUUGCACACAAAUCCAUAGCAUUGUCCUCCAAAUGUUUAUGUUCCAACUACAAACCUCAUUCUGAAUUACUUGAGCACAUUUGUGUAUGAAUAUUGAAACUCGUCUGAGUUUGAAUGUGCCUUUUAAUAUUCCACAUUGAUUCAACAUGCUACCUUUUAUCUGUAUUGUUUUUGUAUGUUAAGCUCUGUGGUGCAAAAAGAAAAACAUAUCACCUUAAA